AUGGUGUCCUCUGGAAAAAAGUAUUCCAGGAAAUCUGGGAAGCCGUCCAUGGAAGAUCAGUUUACGAGAGCCUAUGACUUUGAGACUAAAGAUAAGAAAGAUCUGAGUGGUUCAGAGGAAGAUGUUAUUGAAGGGAAGACUGCAGUCAUUGAGAAAGGUAGGAAGAAAAGGUCUUCUGCAGGAGGUGAAGAUAUGGGGGGUGAAGUACAGAAUAUGCUGGAAGGAGUUGGAGUUGACAUUAACAAGGCUCUUCUUGCCAAGAGAAAGAGACUAGAAAUGUAUACAAAGGCUUCUCUCAAAACUAGUAACCAGAAAAUCGAACAUGUUUGGAAAACACAACAAGAUCAAAGGCAGAAGCUGAACCAAGAAUAUUCUCAGCAGUUUCUGACUUUGUUUCAGCAGUGGGAUUUAGAUAUGCAGAAAGCUGAGGAACAAGAAGAAAAAAUAUGUAAUAUGUUUCGACAGCAACAAAAGAUUCUUCAACAAUCUAGAAUUGUUCAGAGCCAGAGACUGAAAACAAUUAGACAGUUAUAUGAGCAGUUCAUAAAGAGUAUGGAAGAGUUAGAGAAGAAUCAUGAUUAUCUACUUACUGGUGCACAAAAUGAAUUUAAGAAAGAAAUGGCUAUGUUGCAAAAAAAAAUUAUGAUGGAAACUCAACAGCAAGAGAUAGCAAGUGUUUGGAAGACUCUUCAAUCCAUGUUAUUCUGAUGACUCUUUGAAGAAAGAACUUGAACCUAAGUAAUAUGAUACAAUUAUAAUGUUAGCUAAGAAGCAUAUUGUAAGUCUUUAGAAUAGUUUAAUUGUAACAUCUUUAAUCAUAAACCUGUU